AUGCCACAAGACAGCGAUACUGAUGCAAAACAAGAAACAACGUUCCAUGCCAGUAUAGCUCCUGUGAUGGUGGAAUGCAUGUGGGAUAUGAUCGGAGCAAUUCUAGGCUUGGUGGUGGAGAAUCAAGUCGACUGUCCUUGGAACCACUUUGCUGGUCUCAUCUGCCUGGGACCGAUACACCCGCCAUUGAUCGGUAUUGUACCUCGCAUCUGUUCCACAUACUUGAUAGGUUCAGUUGCGAACUGGAAGAUAUUGUGGGCUGCCAUUUCAAGUCGUCCGUCUGCCGAACUGGCAUCUCUUGUGCUCAAUAUCUUGCUUUCCAACCCGCCAAUCACUGCUUUCAUGCUUGAUUACACAGUAGUGCAAGACCUAUAUGAAAGCUGUAGAUUUAUAUUCUCGCUUAUUCAAACCUUUCGUCGCGACUCACUCUGUACCUUGCAGUCGGGCCUGUUGUUGGCGGUGUACGAACAGGGUAGUGGCCACCUUUCCAACGCGUAUUUAACGCUUGCGACUUGCGCUAGCUUAGGCUACGCCGUUGGCCGGUAUAAACUACCGAAUAUCAACACAAGCCAUGGGGAAGAGAGCAAGCGUGUGUGGUGGGCGACUUAUCUACUUGAUCGGCUUGUGUAUUACUCAGACAACACGGCAGACCGUAUACCACUCACUCAUUCCGCCCGUGUUGGUGAUGUACUCCCUAUCAACGAUGAUAUAUGGGGCGAGCAUACUGAUGCUGCGAGCUGGCUCUCAGGUGUUCCUAGACUUUCCGUUACACCAACUGAGAUGCUUGGUUGUUUUGCGCAGCAAAUUCAGGCCAUGUCUCUUUUGGACAGAGUCGUAACCCUGGCACGAGAUUGGCCGAAUAGGGCUGGGAGAUUGCUAGACGAAGAUGUCUGGGAGCUUGAUACAGCGAUACAAAAGACAUUACAGGACACCCUGAACAUUUCUGGGGCCGACUGGGAGCCUCGUUACAGAGCUAUUGUUCUCCUUCUGCUGGCCCUACUUGAACUACACGAAACAGCGUCUGCAUCUCUCCGCCACGAAAGUAUCCCUCCAAUGUUCCACGAUGCGUCCAUCGCUGCUAUGGAAACGGCUCUCAAUUUUACCCGUGACAUUGUUUGUAUGGACGACAUCCUCAAUGUCGAAAGGAUGCCUUUGGCGGCCGUACUGUUGCUCUCAAAAGCGGGUGCAGUGGCAAUAAACCUUGAUUUUGAGCAUAAAUGUCAUACAAACGUUCUAGAACCAGUCAUAGGGUCUUUAGAACGCGCUAGCAAGCGUUGGGCAAUUGCAGGCCGAUUUGUGAGAGAGCUUAACAUGAUGAGAAGCCAAGCACCUCGCUCAACCUCGAAACAAUGA